AUGCCGCUGCUUGUCAAGCGCCCCAGUGUCUUGCACCUCCAUCCCGAUCCCUCUCAAACACGCCCCAGCACCCGCAGCGACCCAUCCCUGAAGCCCUCCGACUCCAGUUCCAGUCUCCAGCUGCAGCCCGAUCCCGCCAGGCCGGUCAGUGAAUCUGGCCCUGUCCGCUCCUCAAACCACUCCCACUCUCGCCUGUCGCACGAGAUCCACCCAGACGACAUUGCCGACCCGCGCACCGACCAUGACGCCCGCAGCAGACCGCCCAAGCGAUUCAACCUCAUGAAGUUCCGCAACUUCUCCGAGUCGCAUCUGGCCGCGCGCGCCAAACUCGAUGAACAGCGCAUGCAACACGCACGACAACAAGACCUGCCUCCCCUCCCGGCCGUCCCCGCAGAUGGCCUACUCCCCACCAUCGUGAAGACCGCACCCACCGGAGGCAUGGACCCAGUCUCCGAGCCCCACGCGCAACAUGUCGAGGAGGAGCGGAACACCAGACCAUCUCUGUUCAAGAGAGCAGCAUCCUCGAGAGGCAGCAUGUCGCCACAGAAAGCGUCGAGAAUAUCCACCGACGAGAAGAGGCCGGAGAAGAAGACCGCGCUCAAAUGGCGUAGGGGCAAGAACAGCGGAUUGGAGGACUUGCACCGCUUGUCUGCCAUGCACAUUGGCAAUAACCAUGCGCCGAACUCAGCACCUCCUUCGUACGGAGACGAGGCCAACUCUGCUCUUGCCGUCCCGCUCUCUCAACUUUCAGAUCCGAGAUUCUCGGAAUCCUCGCGCUCUGAUGGUAGCAACGGCAGUUCUGGCGACGGCCACAUUUACGGAUCUACUACCACCACCACGCAUACCGUAUCCACACAUACUACCUUCUUUAGACUACCCAGGCGCAACAAGAACCGCAACUCGCUGUUCCCGUUGCCCGUCAAGAUCCCACCUCCGGAUGCAGCCCAGCGACAAGACCAACAAGGUCCCGCAACCCCACGCGCGUCUACGCAGUCGAACACGUCUGAAACACAAGCCACUCUCACAAAGGCUCAGCAAACACCUCCGAGACUGCAACGAAGACAUACAUCGACCAGUCCGUCGGAGCAGAGACCGCACUCACAAUCACUGCCGUCUUCUCAUGCCGCGUUAACAAAGUCUUCCUCGUCUUUCGCGGAGGGCACGAACUCAUUCCGCCACAGCUCUGAGCGAUCGCAAAAUUCCAACACAUCGUCUCCACUACAGCCGCCAAUGGCUUUUGGACUGAGGGAUAGGUCUUCGACACAGAGUUCUCUCGGACAAAGCUCCCAUGAGCCGGGUACGCCCCCGGCACCCUCAGCAAGCGGCCGGAAUUCCACCUCAACAACAGGGAGAUCAAGUUUCGGGGGCUUUCUCACUCUGUCACGCUUUCGACAAAGCUCUGACCCUCACUCACCGCGGCAUGGUUCUCCGGGCACAAACAGCAAGGCCAACUCAUUCGCUAUCAGCCGAGAGGCUUUGGUAAUCCCAGAGCGAGAAGAAGGUGACACUCCUGGCAAGUAUCUGGAGCGUCUUGAGUCCGCUGUGUCUCGGAGUAUGAUAGCCGGCAUCCUCUCCAAGUCCUCUGACCCAUUUGCCUGUGCUGUGCUUAGGAGUUAUACUCGGCGUUUCCCGUUCUUUGGAGAGCCCAUAGACAUGUCUCUCCGCAAGUUCUUGCUGGAAGCCGAGCUCCCGAAAGAGACACAGCAGGUGGACCGCGUCAUCCAAGCAUUCGCAGACCGCUAUCACGAGUGCAAUCCGGGAAUCUUCACCAACUCCGAUCAAGCGUACAUAAUCGCUUUCUCGAUCAUGAUGUUGCACACAGAUGCCUUCAACAAAAACAACAAGCGCAAGAUGACGAAACAAGACUACAUCAAGAACACUUCAGGCCAGGGGCUCAACGACGAUAUCCUCGCUUGCUUCUAUGACAAUAUCUGCUACACUCCGUUCGUGCAUUACGACGAGGAUGUUGAUAUCAAUGGAGAGAAGGUGUUAGCUUUCAAGACCAAGAAGUCUGGCGGCAAGCUGAAAAGCGCUAUCCCCGGCUCCGAGAUGGCCAAGAAGACGACCGGCCCUGUCGAUCCUUACAACCUACUUGUUGAGCAGAAGCUCGAUACAUUGCGGCCACCGAUCAAAGAGAGCAUCAUGCUCGAUGACCCAUACGACUAUCGAGGUAAUCAGGGAGAAUCGGACCCGCAAUAUCUUCAACGUGCUUUUACCCACACUGGGGUACUGCAAAUUAUUUCCGCGAGAUCGAGACCUGCAGCUUACGAGAGUCAAUUCGUCAAUGGACAGCAUAACUCUACUGGAGACCAGCAAGGAAUUGUGGAUUUGAAAAUCACCAAGGCCGGCACACUGUGGCGAAAGUCUACAAGGAAGAAAAAGACACGAAGUCCAUGGCAGGAGUGGGGCGCCAUCUUGACUGGCUCUCAGUUGUACUUAUUCAAGAACUCGCAUUGGGCCAAAGGGCUCAUGCAUCAAUUCUUGCAACACCAAAAGCCUGGCCAUCCGCGGACGCCCGUCGUGUUCAAACCACCUUUGACGGACUUCAAGUUCGACGCCCUGAUCAAGACUGAUAACGCGGUUGCGCUUGUGGACCAUUCGUAUGCGCGACACAAGCACGCAUUCACCUUUGUUAGACCAGGGGGCCAAGAUGAGGUUCUAUUGGCGGACAACGAGCAAGAGUUGAAUGACUGGCUAGGUCUGAUUAAUUAUGCGGCAGCAUUUCGUGCAGCUGGCGUCCGUAUACGAGGAAUGCUUGGAGGUACUGAGGAGGACUUGCGCAACAGAGAUGUGCGUCGCCUCGACUCGACCAAUUCUGUCAGAUCCAUUCAAACUGCGAUGGGCGAGGUCACGCUUCAGAAUCGUGGACUCAGCCCACAGCUCCAGCGACAGGUCAUGGCUGCAAGGAGGCAGAUCAUGGUGCAAAAGAUUGGCGAGAUCGAGCAGGAGAUUGCAGAUGCUAACAGACAGCUGGAAACUAUGCUCCGCAACGCACGGCACCUCCUGGUCCUGGCGCCAAUCGCUCCAAAGACAAGAGAGGAUGUCAUACACUCAGCAGCGAGAACAGACGCUAUGAUCAAAUGGGUGCGGCGUGACAUCUGGCGACUGAAAUGUCACCGUGAUGUCCUGGCGAUGGACGUCAGGCUCGAUGGGCUCAGUGCGAGCGAGCUUGAGAAGCUUGCCCAGGAGGAGAUCCGCCAGCAGCAAGAAGCGGACUCUGCCAAGAAAGAAAGGCCAAAGGUGCUGUCUCGUCUGAGUUCGACCCGCGUCGCAGGUCCUCGGAGUCCGCCUCAGAGCCCCACCACCAACAUCGCCUCUCCUGAGCGACCGUCUGUUGGAUCUUUUGACACUUUCAGAGGCGCAGAUGUCUUCCGCACGCCGCCAGAAUCACUGAGCCCGAUCAAAGACGAGCCAUGGCGUCUGCCGCCUCUCAACCUCGACACCGAUAUCAAUGACCAACACCGCCCAUCUGUGGCGAGUACGCUUCUUUCAGCAUCGCCGCCCGCUGGUCAUCGCGGCAGUUUGACUCACUCCUCCUCGGCCUCGAGCAUGCUCCAGACACAACGCACUCAUUCGACAGGGCCGUCGGAGAGUGGUCGAGCGAAGAUCACGCCCACUCCUAGCAUCAACGAAAAGGACGUCGAAUUGUUGGCCAGGUCAACAAUGGGCCCUCCGCCGCAAAAGACUUCGUCGCGAGGUCCUAGCAUCGAUGUGCCCCACUCCUCCGCUUCACCCGAAAGCAAGCGCAAGGGCGUGCGGCGUAGUCUUCAGAAGACACUUCGGGACGCUCACCACCAUCACCCAGGAAGCAUGCACAAGCACCGCCGGAACAAGGACAGCGAGAGUACUGUGCGCUCUGCUGGUGUUGAUAGCGGGGAGGGGGAAGAAGCAACUCCAAGGCUUCAACGUGACAAUCCACGCUUCAUCCUCCACGGCAAGCAAGCCUCUGUGGUUCAAUUCGGUGGCGAUUGGGAGCGGAUGAAGCUUCGGCGAGAGCAGUACGAAGGUCAGAACGCAGUGUCGCCAGCGCAGGCCAGCAAAGAAGCCGAGUUUGCUGCCUUCGAAAGACGGCGCUCUGAUCAGCACGAGCUGUUCCGUGCGGGAAUGAUGAGCCCAGCAGCGCAAGAGUUCGCGCGCCGCGGCGAGAACAGCAUCGAUGAAGACGACGACGACGACGACGGCAGCAUGCUCUCGGAGCAAAGCUUUAGGGAAGACGUUGAGGCAGCAGCUGCGUACUCGGCCACCGAAGGCACGACUAGUUCUCGACAGUCGGAGAACGGGGGCGUGACCGACGGCGAAUUCUUCGACGUAUCACCAUGGGAGCAGGAGGACAACAGGCGAACGACGGUGAUUGGUCCUUCGAGGCCUCUCCCGUCUCAGGGAGAGGAUUCGGCGACAACACUCCGACACAGACGUUUCUCGAGUUUAGAGAAAGGGGAAGACGGCAAUGUCAGGGUGGUGGAUGAAGACACGUCAGAAGACGAUGACGAUGGCCAGCAGAGUCCGUCAUCCAAAAGCAAGAACCGGCACAACAGGCGCACGGUUAUCGGGCCCUUUGACCAGCCCUAUUCAUCUCCAGCAGCGACACGGCGUCGUGCUAGUAAUUCCAGCCAUGCGAGUAUUGGCUCAGCAAGUUUUUCGGGAAAAGGAAAAGGACGGGAAAAUGCAUCUUCAUCAUCACCUGCUUCGGUAGCGGCGGCGUCGAGGCGGUUGGUUGGUUCGAGGGGAUCUGUUUCUACUUGCAGUGGGGCUCCGCCUGCUGUCGUGGAGGAGGAGCAGGAGCAGGAGCAGGAGCAGGAGCACGAGGGGUCUGAUAAGGGGUCUCGUUCUUCUGUCGAAGGGGAGAAUGGUUUUGUGGAACCGAUUAGCGACGAGGUGUUGAGGGCUAUGAGUGAUAGUCUCGGGCGAGAUACCUGA